AGUUGAACGCUGGGCGGUGGACAGGCUUUGCCCACCCGGGUUGGCAACAAAAGGACCAACAUCCGGCAGAGCGGCUGUCAGUUUCGGUACGGUCGCGGAGCACGUCUAACACGCGCGUUUUUUUUUAUCGUCGGUCUGAUAAGUGUGCAAGCAGAUUUUUGCAAAGAUGAACCGUGCCAUCGCUGUGCUGUGUCUGGUGGUUGUCGCUGCCUCGCUGAGCGAGGGAACGUUCGAUGUGCUGCUGCAGAAGAAGAAAGCGCUCCUCAGCAAGCUGCUGCACAAGGACGAAGGAGCGGGCUACGGAGGCCAUUCCGGCUACGGAGGCCAUUCCAGCUACGGAGGCCAUUCGGGAGCAGUAGGAUACCAAGCCACUGUUGCCGUCGCUCCAGUCCACUACGCUCCUGCUCCAGUAGCGUACGCCGCUCCUGCUCCAGUAGCGUACGCCGCUCCUGCUCCGGCUCCAGUUCAGUACGCCGCUCCUGCUCCGGCUCCAGUUCAGUACUCUGCUCCAGCACCUGCCCCAGUGCACUACGCUCCUGCCCCUGCUCCGGCUCCAGUCCAGUACUCUGCCCCUGCUCCGGCUCCAGUCCAGUACUCUGCCCCAGCUCCGGCUCCAGUACAGUAUUCUGCCCCUGCCCCGGCUCCAGUCCAGUACUCUGCACCUGCCCCGGCUCCAGUGCAGUACUCUGCCCCUGCCCCGGCUCCAGUGCAGUACGCAGCCCCAGCACCAGCCCCAGUCCCAGCACCAGUCUAUGGACCGCCAGCAGCACCAGCACCGUACCCAGGAUGUGAUCACGCACGCGGUGUCUCCCUACAUCACUAAAUUAAGGCGCAACGCUAUGCAGCACUGGCUAGGCUAGGUGUACGAACGGAAGGAACUAUUUAUCGAGCACCUACAGAAGAGGUACACAGACCGUACACGUACAACAACCCCGUAAAACCCCUGCGAAUGGAAUAAAACCCUUAUUAUUUUUUAAAAACAUAAAGCGUUUCAUUUGCGAAUGCGAUCGGCGAUCAUCGAUUACAACUCAACCAGCCACGUUCGGUUCUCGUUGUUUCAUAAGUUCUCGAGAAUGGAUUGCUUGGCUUACAAUACAGACAGCAGUAGAGCUGACGAUGCCCCCCAAGAUUCCUUGAAGAUGCCAGUAACGAGUGUGUUCAGUUGUAGAAUGUACUAGAGAAAGGGGCGGGUAGAUUGUAGAAGGAAGAAUGUCCCAUUACACUUUGUAGCUCAUGACAAAGAAUAAAGUUACGUUUACGGAAAUGAAGAAA